AUGGUGAACUGGGAGAAGAGGAAGGCACUGUUGAUCGACAAGGAAGCGAGAUGGAUGCUGACGUGGCCGAAAGACACGGCGAAAGUUUCAAAGCCGCUCAGGUUGAAGCGAGGCCAGCAGAGCUUGUUGAAGCGAAGUCAGCAGCAGAGGCGCCGAGACCGAAGGACGAGGCUCGAGAGGCACAAUCUGGAUAUACAGCUCUUAGACAAGAGGGAACUGAAGCAGGAUCUUCCUUUGCACGAAGAUGCUCAACGUGGGAAGCAAUUCUGGGACGACCUCUUCAAAGAUCUUGAGGAGAAUUAUGACGAGGAGGAGCAAAAGCAGUUCAUGGACGAGCUCGCUAAGAAGAUGGUGUUCGUGCGGCAUGUGCCGAAAGAGAGAGCACUCGAUACCUGCCUCGAACUCUUCUCAGCCCACGGCAAGGUGAUGGCAGUCUCGAUAGGGAGCACGCCAUCUACUUACGGCACUGCGCACAUCGUCAUGGAAAGCAGGAAAUCUGUCAUCUCAGCGAUACGGCAUCUCAAUGGCCUGCAAGUCGCGGGACGUACACUGCUUGUCGGUACCACUAGUCGAAAGCAGCUUGAGGGGUACGGGAACGAAGACUACCAAGCUCGCGCAUGGCGGAAGGACGGAGAUGGAAGGGACAAGCCACCAGAGGGACAUGCGAGUGCUCUCUAUGACAAGGACCGUAGCAAGCAGGGGCAACCUGGGAGCCAUAGAUAUCGGAGAGACGACUCAUACUCAGACUGA